CCGCCUGCUCCCCGCUCCAGUAUCGCAGAGUCUGACAGUAGGAUAGAGGUCCGCCCCGCAGCGCCUCCAGCAGCCUGUGUGUGUCGUGCGCGCCUAUUCAGAGGUGCGCGGUAAUGAUGGCGGCGCGCUGGGAGAUCUCAGCACUGGGUAGUGGUGCCUGCCCCGCUUGUAUGAAUUGAGCGCCUGUGCCUGUAGUGUGCACUGUGCCCUGGAGACCGGACGUGCCGCAUGUAUGUAGCAGAGAGACGUGUCACAUAGCCCGGCGGAGAGUGCGCUAGAUUCCACGGAGGAAGGGAACCGGCAUCAUGGGCCUACUGGAGAGAGUGCGGAAAGAGUGGUUCAUCCUGGGCAUCAUCCUAGUGAUCACCGCCGCCAAGCUAGAGCCCUCCAUAGGAGAGAAGGGGGGACCAUUGAAGCCAGAAAUUACCAUAACGUACAUUGCUGUGUCUGCUAUUUUCUUUAACAGUGGAUUGUCCUUAAAAACAGAGGAACUCACCAGCGCUUUGAUGCAUGUGAAGCUUCACUUGUUUGUCCAGGUGUUUACGCUCGUCUUCUUCCCCACCGCAAUAUGGUUUUUCCUUCGAGUGCUGUCACUUACUCCUAUCAAUGAAUGGCUGUUAAAGGGUUUACAGACGGUGAGCUGUAUGCCCCCUCCAGUCUCCUCAGCAGUCAUUUUGACCAAAGCCGUUGGUGGCAAUGAGGCUGCUGCUAUAUUUAAUUCUGCAUUUGGAAGCUUUUUGGGUAUUGUUGUGACCCCAAUGCUGCUUCUUUUAUUUUUGGGAUCAUCAUCAUCAGUGCCCUUUACCUCCAUAUUCUCUCAGUUGUUCAUGACUGUUGUGGUUCCAUUGAUCAUUGGCCAGAUUGUGCGGAGGUACAUCAAGGACUGGCUGGAAAGGAAGAAGCCUCCAUUUGGUGCCAUUAGCAGCUGCGUCCUUCUCAUGAUCAUCUACACAACAUUUUGUGAUACAUUUUCGAACCCAAAUAUUGACCUAGACACCUUCAGUCUGGUUGUUAUUGUAUUUAUCAUAUUUUUUAUCCAGUUGGCAUUUAUGCUUUUAACAUUCCUGUUUUCUACUAGUAAAAACACUGGCUUCACACCAGCAGACACAGUUGCAAUAGUAUUUUGUUCAACACAUAAAUCGCUCACAUUAGGUAUUCCAAUGCUGAAGAUUGUGUUUGCAGGAUACGAGCAUCUCUCAUUAAUUUCUGUUCCCUUGUUGAUUUAUCACCCGGCUCAGAUUCUACUUGGGAGUGUAUUAGUGCCAACAAUAAAAUCUUGGAUGCUUUCCAGACAAAAGGCCCUGAAGCUAACAAGACAGCCUAAGGUCCCAUUGUAACGUCAGAAGAAUGAAGUGUAAAUAUGUGCAAUAUUGUACAUACAGACGUCAUACAAAAGACUUGUGUUUGGGAAUGUUUGCUUCAAUGCAUAUUUUAUUUUUUUAAAUAAAGACCUGACUAAGUGCCUUAUGGAUGCAUUUGGUGAUUAUAUAGUAUAAGAAGAAGAAGCCAUGUUGAUGUCCUAUCUCAUCUUUGUAUUUUUUUUAUUUGGAAAAUAAAGAUCUUAAGGACC